AUGUCAUCUCCAAGACCUAUCCAGAAGCUUUCCGAGGAUUUCAGAACCGCCGUGAAUCUGUCGACUUCUCCAGGCGCGGUUUCGACCUCUCCAAAUGCUUCCUACAUCAACCAGGCUAGACCAAGAAGCUACUCUAUGGCUAAGCCAGCCAAGGCCUUGAAGCCUUUUUCCACCGGAGAUAUGAAAAUAUUACUUCUAGAGAAUGUCAAUGAGACUGCAAUCGAAAUCUUUAACAAGCAGGGUUAUCAAGUUGAGUUCCACAAGUCUUCUCUUCCAGAAGAGGAACUGAUUGAAAAGAUCAAAGAUGUCCAUGCCAUUGGUAUCAGAUCUAAGACCAAAUUGACCGCAAAUGUGCUGAGACAUGCCAAGAACCUUGUUGUGAUUGGUUGUUUCUGUAUUGGAACUAACCAGGUGGAUCUGGAGUAUGCUGCCAAAUCUGGUGUGGCCGUGUUCAACUCUCCAUUCUCCAACUCCAGAUCCGUCGCUGAGCUGGUGAUUGCCGAGAUCAUCACCUUGUCAAGACAACUUGGUGACAGAUCCAUCGAGAUGCACUCUGGAGUUUGGAACAAGGUGAGUGCCAGAUGCUGGGAGAUCAGAGGCAAGACCCUUGGAAUUGUCGGUUAUGGCCAUAUCGGUGCUCAGCUUUCUGUGCUUGCCGAGGCCUUUGGAAUGCACGUUAUCUACUACGAUGUGAUGAUGAUCAUGGCUCUUGGUACUGCCCAGCAGGUUCCAACUCUGAACGAUCUGUUAAACCAGUCCGACUUUGUCACCCUGCAUGUCCCAGAGACCCCAGAGACCAAGGACCUUAUGUCGACCCCACAGUUCGCGGCCAUGAAGGACGGUGCUUAUCUCAUCAACGCUUCCAGAGGAACUGUUGUGGAUAUUCAGGCCUUGGUGGACGCUUUGAAACUUGGCAAGCUUGCAGGUGCGGCUUUGGAUGUGUAUCCUAACGAACCAGCCAAGAACGGACCUUUGUUCAACGACGAGUUGAACAGCUGGGCUUCCGAGCUGAGAUCCCUCAGAAAUGUGAUUCUCACUCCUCAUAUCGGUGGUUCUACUGAGGAGGCCCAAUCUGCCAUUGGUGUUGAAGUCGGAACUGCUUUGACCAGAUACAUCAACGAGGGUAUCUCCACCGGUGCCGUCAACUUUCCAGAAGUGGCUCUCAGAUCGCUUGACCUGGACCAGGCCGAUGCCGUUAGAGUGCUCUAUAUCCACCAGAAUGUGCCUGGUGUUUUGAAGACUGUGAACAACGUUCUUGCCGAACACAACAUUGAGAAGCAGUUCUCCGACUCCAGAGGCGAUGUUGCCUACUUGAUGGCUGACAUCUCUCACGUGAACGUCGACGACAUCAAGUCGUUGUACCAACAGCUGGAACAGACCACUUACAAGAUCGCCACCAGACUCUUGUACUAG